AAAUGUUCUGACAGUACUCAUCACCAUUUCGUUUCUAUCCCAAUUUCCAAAGGCACGGUACAAUCUUCUUUUCUGUUCAAAUCAAAACCAUAAUCAUUCACCUUUUCCAGUUCCUGCUCCACAUAUCUCACUUAUUCUUCUCCAUCCAAUAAAACUUUUUUUAUUUUUUCAUGUUCUGAACCGAGUCAAUCAUCGACUCGGCGAGUCACGUUUUCGAAUCGGUUUUUUCAAUCUCAAGCAAAAUGGCGACGACAAGGUCCCCGAGCCGUUCCUCCGAGGACAUCGUCGAUUCGACGCCGUUGCUGGCGAAUUCCGGCGGCUCUUCCGGCGAAAUUAAUUCCGGGCGUCAAGUUGUUAGGAGACAGAGGCUUCGUCAAGCGGCGCGGUUCCUCCGGCAAGCGAGUGGGAGGACGAUGCGCGAGCCGUCAAUGUUGGUUCGAGAGACUGCGGCAGAGCAAUUGGAGGAGAGACAGAGCGAUUGGGCUUAUUCGAAGCCCAUCGUCAUCCUCGAUAUCAUUUGGAACUUCGCGUUCGUUGUUGUGGCAGCCACCGUGUUGAUUUUGAGUCGAAGUGAAGCACCGGGAAUGCCUCUUAGGUUUUGGAUUGUGGGGUAUGCUAUGCAAUGCAUCCUUCACAUGUUCUGUGUUUGCGUCGAGUAUCGAAGACGGAGACGGCACCAACGUGCCUCAUCCUUGAACGCAGUUGCAGGGCAAGACAGGGUUGGAAGUAGCAGUGGGAAUUUGAGUUCCGCUUCAAGGGAGGCUUCUGGUUCUGGUUCUGGUUCUGGUUCUGCGCAGUAUGCGUCAUUGCCGCAAUUAGCUCAGGAGGGUACUAGCAGUGUUGCAAAGCAUUUGGAAUCUGCCAAUACAAUGUUUUCAUUUAUUUGGUGGAUUAUUGGAUUCUACUGGGUAUCAGCUGGUGGUCAAGCUUCAGCCCAAGAUUCUCCUCAGCUUUACUGGCUAUGUAUAAUCUUCCUGGGUUUUGAUGUUUUCUUUGUCGUUUUCUGUGUUGCACUGGCGUGUAUCAUUGGUGUCGCUGUUUGCUGUUGUCUUCCAUGUAUCAUUGCACUUCUUUAUGCAGUUGCAGACCAGGCAAGGGCACCAAAGGAAGACAUUGAGCAGUUGUCAAAAUUUAAAUUCAGAAUAGUUGAAAGUAGUGAGAAACUUACUGGUAAUACACAAGAACCUGUUGGAGGAAUAAUGACCGAAUGCCAGGCUGAGUCACCUAUUGAACGUGUUCUUUCCGAGGAGGAUGCGGAAUGCUGCAUCUGCCUUUCUUCUUAUGAGGAUGGGGUUGAACUAAGAGAACUUCCUUGUGGUCACCAUUUUCACUGUGCCUGUGUGGAUAAGUGGCUCUAUAUUAAUGCUACAUGCCCCCUCUGCAAGUAUAACAUCUCGAAAAGUAGCAACCUCAAUCAAGAAGUGUAGAAGAGGUCAGGAAAAUUUCUAGCAGCCAUGUUGAGGAAUAUGCAUACUUUUUGGUUCACAGUUUAAUAGGCACAUCAUGUUGAUAUACUUUGAUGUGGGCCUAAACAGCUGCUGCUGCUGUGUGCUGGUUAUCUUAUAGUGAUAGCGGUUUUGAUUAUUCCUAGUUAUUGUGACUUCCUAACUGGUUGUGUAUAUCAGGGUUGUUCAGUGCAUAUCGGCUGUAAUUAUCUUAGAGGCAAUUUGGUUGAAAUUUUUAUUUUUACUUUUAUUUUAUCGUCAUCAUUAUUAUUGCGGUCCAAGAGACCUAUAAUGUCUCGUAAGACACUGUGGAAAGCUUUAC